AGGAACAGGGACCCCGGCGGCGUGGUGGCAGGAUCGACGACGGGGGUGGCGGAGAGAGAGAAGGCGGCCGCGGGGGUGGGUUUCGUACGGCCAAGGCAGUGGAGUCGCGGACAGUCGCCUCGACGCUACCAUCUCUCUCAGUUGCUCCACGGUUUCCGGACUGGGCGGACUGGCCAGGCAGAAAAUGCGCUCCGCGGCCGUGUGCAUCGCCUUCGUCUUGACGUACACGAGCGGGUCGUUUGUCGCGGGUUUGCGAUACAUCGAUCCGCAGGCGGGAAGUAACGGCGACAUCGGCGACAAACGAUUGGACCUGACCGAGCCGUCGUGCGACGAGCUGCGCGCCAUGUGGAGGUACACGAAGAGGCAGAGCAGAGCCGCUAAAACCACCAACGGAUAUCCCAUGUACUCGUUCAAUCCCAAUAUAUGGCCGCGUACCGCAGUGUUUCCCGAUCGCAUUAAAUUAUCCAGAGGAUACACGCGAGAUAUUGUCGCUCCUACACGAUUGAAAUUGCGAGAAGAGUUGGAAGGGAGACACGCCGGACGACCGCGUAACCGGGCCGCCGGAGGUGCACCGAUUUACGGAAGGAUGGUGCACAAGGCCCCGGCAGGAAACAGAUUGCGAAACGCGAUGCGGAUGUCGCCUGCGCGUAUGAAGAUCAUCGAGAACCUCUCGCGACAUUUCGGGACCGUGAACACAGGCCCGUACACGCCGAACAAUCGUCGCACUAGCUUCCGCGUCGGCGGUAUCUCGCCGCAAGUUCCUCAAGCCGGUAGUUUCGAAACGCUCAAAAAUCUCCUCCAGGCUGAGAGAGCACGUGAAUUACAGGAGCAACAUUUAGCCGAAGAGAUGAUAGCGAAAGCCGCCGCUUUCAGAGAGGGUAAAGAUCAAAUAAACGAAGAGCAACAUCUGAAACAACAAUCGCGAAAGCAAUUCUCCAACCCAUCACUCCAAUCCACACUUCUAGAAAUGACACCAAAAGUCAAUUACGAUUACAAUCAACGCGGGCGUUAUAACAACGCGCCUAACAUUGGUCAAGCGUGGUCGAGGAGCGGACCUCUUUCGCGAGAAUACAUGUUACCUUAGUAUGCUGCGAACUGUUGCGAGGAAACGAUGCAAAUCCGAAAACUGCCGCGUGCAUACUAGUGUUUGUGACUGCUCUGUAACCGACGACGCAGCUGCAGCCGGUUGCAGCUGUCAUCACCGAAGCUGCGACUGCAAGAAAAUAAGCGACGACACUCAUCUCGAAGAUCGCGCGCAUUUUGAAGAACCUGUAGCACCUGUAUCUUCGCGCGAACCUUUAAAUCUUUGUGUCAACGAUACGUAAGUGCAAAUCAGAAAUUUCAAUCCAAUAUCGGCCAAUGUCGAGAAAUCCUUUCGACAUCCAGUUGCGAAAAGGGCGGUCCUCUUCCGCAUCGAGAGUUUUAAUCCUAAAUAUGAAUUCUAGGAAAGGAAAUGUGUAUCAGAAACGGAUUGAAUGUAAUCUCUAUUGAGUUGAAAGCUUCAAAAAGUUAUAUUUCCUAAAUACAUCUGAAUAUCGCAUGCAUAUCUCUAUAACGCAAAUAGCAUUAAAUAUGAAAUUAAAUAUUAGAUGCAUGAAAUAAAUUUUAUUUACAUAUCGGGUCAAAUCAUUGACGAUGUGCAUGCGUUUCUUUCAUAUAUUUGUGCAGUUCGAUGUUUCGCAACGGCAUCAAAACGAGUAAUUUGACAUAAAACGGCAUGUUUUCGUCGAUUUUAAGUUUCUCCGCGUUUAAAAUUUGUAAGGUAUCAAACAUCAGAGAGGAAAAAAGAUGAAUAUUACAGUAGAUUUCCUAAAACAUACAACAAUUGUUUGAUCGGAGAAACUCAGAAAAAGCAAACUUCCCCUAAAAGCUACGAAUUUUGUUUGCAGUAUAAAACCUAAAAUUGCAAUCUCUCUCUCUCUCUCUCUCUCUCUCUCUCUCUCUCUCUCUCUCUCUCUCUCUCUUAAAAUCCGGCUUGUAUAGGUCGAAAAUGAUAGAAAUUUGUUCAGUUAUUUCAAAUAAAAUACCUCAAUAAGUUUAAUUUCACAGAAAAGUGAACUAUUCGCCGUUGUUUUUUUUUUGUUUUUUUUUUUUUAAUAAUAAUCUUUUUAUAUCUUUUGUUAAGUGAGGCGCAGUUUGUUUGAAAUAUUAAGGUAGUCGUCUCGUCAGGGCAUGUAUUAGAUAAAGUUUUCGAUUUCGGUUUUUAUAUCAAAUUAUAUGAUCAGCUUUGCAGUCGAUUUUUUCUGUGGCUCCUUACCGACUAUUUACUCUAGAAAAUCGAUCUCGAAAAUCACAAAUUUUGCAUUACUUCAUACAGAAAAGAAGGCUCUAUCACGGUUUCAAUCACAUAUUUUCGUAUUUUUCGAUUAGAUGAAGUGAGAAAAAAACAUUGCUUUUUGUACAUUAGAUUUCGAAGAAUCCGAUGCAACCAUAAAAUAUAUAGGUUACCGGAGAUAUUUCGCUGCUAAUUUUUUAGUUUAUUUUAGUGAAAAUGCGGUAAUCGAGCAGACAUUUUUUGGUCGAGGUGAGGUUGGGAAGACUUGGCAACGCCGCUGGCUAAUCACUGUAGUUGCAGGUUAUGGGGCUCGUCUUUCUUAGCCGAAUUGGAUAGUGAUUGACACCCCUGUCAUGCGUUUUGAAACCCUUUCUCAAUAAUUGUCAAAAUUCAAUCAAAAAGAAGAUGAUAACCUUUCUCGACGACUCGCAUGAUCAGCUGAUCAAAACGGAGUCAAAUGAGAAAAAUCACAUAAUUUGGAAAAAGUAACAUAUACUUUGUCACGUAUGAAAUUUUACACCAUAAUUCAUAAAAUUAUUUUUCCCUUAGCAAAAAUUGCCUGAAAUAUAUUUCUGAACGUGAAAACCUACAAAGAGUCACAUGACUAGCACGUAGCGAGACGCCUACCUUAAAUCGGAUUUCAAAAGUAUGCCGUAGACGCCAGAAAAUCACCCGUCGAGUACAUUGCGAAAAAACUCGAAAACGCAAUGCGAUUCAACGCGCAGUUGCAUUGACUGAAUCAUUUAUACAGCUUCCACGUGCAGAUUUUUAAUACUAUUCAGGAAAGAAAACGUCACUUGGAGAACAUCGGACAUUUGAUGUUGUUAAGUGAAAAACUGUGGCGCACGUGAUAGCAAUCGUUCCGUCUAAGAUCAGUUUAAUUAUAUAAUAAGUUGUUGUAUUAUAUUUUGAUUUGUUAAUAUUGUUUCUACGUUAAAUAUUUAUUAU